CGAGAACCGGCUUCUUCCACGCGGCCUUGACGGAGGCACCUGACCAGUAUAUAAUCCACUAUAUCUACACUCCAACUUCCUCCCGACUCGCUGCCCCGUUUCCCUCGCCAAUCUUUCCCUCGGCUUUGACAUCAUCACUAUUGAGAACAAUUCAUUCCCCCCCCCCGCCCCUACCGACUCGGUUUCUAUUCACUCCCUCUCCCAUCUGAGUCGUCAUUGAUCGCCAUUCACCGUCCCUCCAUCGCUGUCUCUUGUUCUUUAUUUACCCUUGAAAUUCGGCCACGAUGCGCUCCAAUCAACCCUCCUCGCACGGGCUCUCGCUGCACACCUCGUUCCCUUCCGAACGAGCCUGCGCCGCCGACUGUUGCUCCAUGUCGAUAACCUCCACUACCGCCUCGACGGUCCCUCCCCAUCCUCCCGUCGGUCCGUCGUCCUCGUCUACGACACCGACUCCGCUCAGCUCCACUACCGCCAGUCCCACUUCCUCGCCCACUUCGUCGCCCUACCCCUUCCGCCGCUUCCACCACCGCCUCAGUCUCACUCGCGACCCCAUCAACCUGAAUGGCCACCACCACCACCACUGCCACAACAAUACUUCCUCCCCCUCCAGUCGCAGCCAAAGCCCCUUCCGCCUCUCCUACUCGUCCCUCCUCCGUCGUCCCUCGUUGAUGCUCCUCCGUCGUCGCCCCUCCAAGGUUGACCUAGCCCUGUGCGAGGAACGGUCUCGAUGCGACGAAGACGCCAUCGAGCGGCAGGGUCUAGAUCUUAUGGAGCCGCGCCCGGUGGAUCCACUCGGCUUUUCCAUGGAUAGUAUGGACGCCAGUGUCUUCUCGUCCGGCUCGUCGAUGGUGGGCGAUCGCUCCUCGACACAAAGUUUGUCCGUUGCGCAACCACGCUUCGUCAUGGGCGGCAUUUUCGAGGUCCUGGAGGGGAGUGGCUAGCCUUGCCGACGAAAAUGUCUCUGUUUCUCCCUUGCUUUGCUUUGCCACUUGGGUUUAAUAAGGGCUGUUAUUCCUGGUGCUUUGCUUUGCUU